AGGGGGGAGAGGAGGGGGAGGAGGAAUUCUGACGCGGGACGUUUGCGGAGCUCCGCGGAUUGUUGUCUCCAGCUGCUCCUGAUGAUGGGAACCAGGAAUGAUCCGGAGCGGCUCCUCAGGAUGGGCAGAGAUCAGCUUUAACUUCAGCUGCUGGGACAUGGAUGAGUUCCAUCCGUUCAUCGAGGCUCUGCUGCCCCAGGUCCGUGCCUUUGCCUACACAUGGUUCAACCUCCAGGCCAGGAAGAGGAAGUACUUCAAAAAGCAUGAGAAGAGGAUGACGAAAGAGGAAGAGAGAGCUGUUAAAGACGAAUUACUGGGAGAAAAAGCAGAGGUGAAACAGAAGUGGGCCAGUCGUCUUUUGGCCAAACUAAGAAAAGACAUCAGACCUGAAUGCAGAGAGGACUUUGUCCUGUCCAUCACUGGGAAGAAGGCUGCGUGCUGCGUCCUGUCCAAUCCGGACCAGAAGGGCAAAAUGAGGCGAAUAGACUGCCUGCGACAAGCUGACAAGGUGUGGAGGUUGGACCUGGUGAUGGUGAUCCUCUUCAAAGGAAUCCCUCUAGAAAGCACAGAUGGAGAGCGCCUGGUAAAGGGGGGGCAGUGCUCCAACCCUGUUCUCUGCGUUCAGCCGCGACACAUCUCCGUCUCUGUGAAGGAGCUCGACCUCUACCUCGCUUUCUAUGUGCAGGAGAAAGAAGCGGAGCAGAGCAGCAGUCCCAGCCGGACUGGAGUCGGUUCUGAUCAGGAGGACAGUCGGACCGCCGCCAUAGAUGGUCCAGAGUUCCAGGAAAGCUUUGUGACUUCAGGAGUUUUCAGUGUCCCUGAGUUGGUCCAUGUCUCCAGAGCUCCAGUGGUUACAGGAGUGGGAACUGGUUUCUCUAUUGGGGAGCUUCAAGGUCAUCUGGCCUACGACCUGAAUCAGUCCAUCAACCAUCCAGUCAGCCUGCGGCGCUCGCUGGCCAGCACGUCCUCCAGUGGGAAUAAACGCCUUAAGUCCGGCUCUGUGGAGGAGGAAGCUGACAGUCCAGGAGGGGAGUACUACCACUCACCUGCUUCUCCUGCCAGCAGCUCCAGGAACUGGCCCGAUGACUUGGAAGGAGGUUUGUCUCCCCCGGUGAAGAAGGCGGAGCUGGACAGCCCCUCCCCACAGGAGGGCUCACCAAGAAUGGGGUCCUUCACGCAGCACCACCGUCCAGUCAUAGCCGUGCACAGCGGCCUCUCUCGGUGUCCUCAUCCCUCCUCAUCCAUCCACUUUCCAUCUUCUUCCUACUUUGCCCACGGAGCGAUCCGCUACCCCCCCCACCUGACCCAGGACCCCCUGAAGGACCUGGUCUCCAUGGCCUGUGAUCCUGCAAACCAAUCCCCAAACUCUCUGAACGGCAGCACUCAGGUCAAAGUGUCCAGCCAUUAUAUCUCCUCCCAGAUGUUAGCUCCUCCUGGACCAGCAGCCUCCCUCCCCAGACCAGCAGCUCCCACAGAGUCUAAAGCUUCUACCUCCUCCUCUGAUGGGGGGGCCAACUCCCCUACAUCUCCCACAUACUCCGCCCCUGGGACCCCCCCUGCCAGUCGGUCUUCCUUCGUGGGAAUCAACCCUCGGGACCCGGGAGGACUUUACCAAACCCAGUCUUGGUAUCUUGGCAACUAAAGGAACGUUUGCAGAAAGCUGAUGAUCCUGACAUCAUCUCCGGGAGGAAAGGAAACAACCUGACCAAGACUUUAUCAGAUGGAAAAUAUCUUCAGUUUGAUUAGAGAAUGACAGAAACAUCAAGAUAUGUGAAUCUAUCUUGAUCUUCAUAGCAGGAGACCCACCUAGAGGCAACGCCACGGAUGCUGCUCGGCCUCCAGCACCGCCUGAAUGACCUCUGCUUUAUAAUACUGCAUAGUUACAAAGACAGCUUCUGGGGUUUUUUAUGACAGCUGUGGGUUGGUGUAGAUGUGUGAGCGGCUUCUGGAAGCAGGAAGACUUUGUACGGUCUGUGGUUCCUGAGAAGCUUUUAAACCAGCUGCAUCCCACGGAUGGACCCUGUUGUCCCAGGAUCUGUCAGCCUUUAUCCAGCGGUCUGCUUUAAACCCCUCAUCCAUGCAGGUGCUGCUUUUGAUAUAUGCAAACAAGCCUCCAUUGGUUCCAGACUGGCUCGAAUGUUUCUAUGUGUGUUUGUUUGCACUUUAGCCAUUUUUGAGAUAAGCUGACUUUUUUUUUUUUUAUCACCGACCCAAAGACAGAAGCUUUCUCUUUAUUUCAUCAAACUGAAACUAGCGAGUCGCUUUGCAAGAUGUUUGAAAACAGGAAGAGAAAUCAGAUUUCUCUCCUUGCCCCGACACAAGCACUUUCAUCUACAGAAGGGUGUAAAACACAAGCUGGAGAUGUUUGUUCCUGAAUCAGGCUAAAGCCAUGGUUCUGCUCCAUAGUUCUGAUUAGUGCGUAGUAACCCCUGCUGCUCAGUAUUAGGUCUGUUAACAGAUCACUGCUCUGUCCUGAGGAGAUGUUUGGAGCAGAAAGCCUCAUACUGACCUUCCUCUUUCACAUCCAUUCAUAUUAUGGGAUGGCCAAGCCUGACCGGCCUGAGGAGAGCAGAGAGCUGCUCCUCUGGAGAAACUCCCCACAGGUUCUGGUUCUGUAUGCGUUGGCUCACCUUAGCCGACUGGCUUAUUGAAUAUAGAAGUAUCAUCAGCAUAUGAUGAGAUCCAGACAAUAAUCCCAGUUUGUCUUCAUACAAAAAAGACUCAAAUCCAUGUUCUGUUAAAACCCAAAUCAAAGCAAUAUUCUGAAUAUGCAACAAUAAGGCCUUUUUAAUGUGGGAACCUCCAUCACUUUGAUUGGUUGCUCUGAAAACCGAAGCAUGAAGAGACGCUGGUUCAGGACCGGCGGGAUCUGAACCCUCUUUGCGUCCCUAAGAAGAGACGCUAAUGGAAGCAUUAGCUUCAUGCACUUGCUUCUGCUCUAGAGGCGAAUCAAACGCUCGUCCAAUCAGAUCUCCUCCUCCUCCCCUUUGAUCCCGGCCUCCGCAGACGUUAGCUUUGCUCUGAAUGUUUUACUUCAUGGUCACCUUCUUGUGCUGGAUACCAAAAAUAUGAUUGGUCCACAUCAGAACCUGGGGCGUGUUGUACAUUCUACCCGUUACUGUUCUAGGCUGCAGCAGCGCGUCUAUGUCCACCUUAAGCAGCAAACUAACGAGUAUGUGACGUGGGUUAGAUUGCGCCGCAGCUCCUCUCAGGCCUUCUCUUCCUCUGAGCUGCUUAAAGUGGAUUUUAUGUCUGAACCUGCAUGUUUUCUUCACUGCUCAUCAUUGAAGACAGUGAAGCGCUUUGUCCUUAGUAUAUGCAACCGCUGUUACCUAGCAACCCCAACCGGUUCCCCUCCCACACAGAAGUAGCCUUAAUUAACAGACUCCACUCCUCUAGUGGAUCCCUUCCUGCAUGUUUGAGAUGUUCUCCAGGUUCCACACAUGACUGCUUCAUUUCCAGAGGAACACUAAAUCAGCAGAGCUUGCUCAUGGACACGUGGAGAACAUCCAUCUGCAGGAUCACAGGCGCUACGGCGUUCAUGUAUCUUUUUUAGUGGGCGUGUUGUUGGUGACACAAGGACUGCUCUGUGAAUGUUAAGAUGCCUGAAGGUUUGGCUCCGCCCAUUAAAAUGAGAAGACUGUUCUGGGUGGAAGAAGAAAGAGGAGGUUCUAAGCCAUGGAGGUAAUAAUCAGAAUCAACUAAUAAUGAUCAAACUAAAUCUUAGUGCACCUUGUAGCCAUUUUCUUUUAAUCUGGUUGAUUUGUAUAAAGAUGAUCUGCCUUCCUGCUGCAUCGGUUUUAUUCAUAUAUUCCUCCCACGGCUAAUGUUGCUUUCCUCCAGCCUGCCAACGAUGACGAUGGUCUGCAUGCGCUGAGAGAAAAUGAUCUGCAGACUGAAGGCACAGAAAACGCCGCAACGCCCUCUGCAGUCAGCAGAGGGAGCUAAAGAGCUCAUGGUGAUACAGGGAGGCGCGGUGGAAACUAAAGAACAGUUCAGUUAUUUAUCGUGUCCUUGGAUCACGGCAGGUUGUCUGGUUCAGAUCCUUACGAUCAUCAAGAUCAAUAAUAUGGUCGUUAUUACGAUGACUGUCUCCCAUUGGCUGGACUGGGACUGAAUGACUGGUUUGUCCUAAAUUGACCGACAGUUUCUCCUCCUGGAUCAGUUUCCAGGAAUCAGACUAAAGGUUACAACAUCUCUGGACCCCGUCUCCAUGGAGACAUGGAUGCACGGUACCAACCGGACCCAGACCCACUCAGACUGCUGGUUGAUGCACGGUACCAACCGGACCCAGACCCACUCAGACUGCUGGCUGAUGCACGGUACCAACCGGACCCAGACCCACUCAGACUGCUGGCUGAUGCACGGUACCAACCGGACCCAGACCCACUCAGACUGCUGGUUGAUGCACGGUACCAACCGGACCCAGACCCACUCAGACUGCUGGCUGAUGCACGGUACCAACCGGACCCAGACCCACUCAGACUGCUGGUUGAUGCACGGUACCAACCGGA